AUGGAGUUGAGGCUGCUGAAUGGCACUGGGAGGUGCUCAGGACGUGUGGAGGUUCUCAUCCAGGACACGUGGGGGACCGUGUGUGAUGACCUCUGGGACCUGGCCGAGGCCUCCGUCGUGUGCCGCCAGCUGCAGUGUGGCCAGGCAGUGGCAGCCCCUACAGGGGCGCACUUUGGGCCAGGCUCCGGGAAGAUCCUGAUGGAUGACGUGCAGUGUGUGGGCACCGAGAGCCACCUGGGGCAGUGUGUGCACAGGGACCAGGCUGGGCAAAACUGCGGGCACCUGGAGGACGCCUCUGUCAUCUGCACAGAAAUAACAAAAGAAGUUAAACAGAAACCAGAUAAUGAAACGGAUACUUUAUAUAGACAAAGAAAGGUAAACUAUCUGCCUGUGGAUUCACAUAUUGGGAGCACUGACACCUUCCUUAUGAACUCUGCUUUAAUUCCACAACCUCAGAGGGAACAUGGGGACAGUGUGAUGACCUCUGGAACCUCACUGAGGCCACCAUUGUGCACCAGCUGUAGUGUGGCCAGUCAGUGGCAGCCCUUCAGAGGCCCACUUUGGGGCAGGCCCUGGAAGAUCCUCCUGGACAAUGUGCAGUGUGAAGGCAAUGAGAGCCACUUGGGACAGUGCAUGCAUGGGGACCAGGCCAGGGACAACUGUAGGGACUUGGAAGAUGCCAAUGUCAUCUCUACAGGUGAUGAUAGUUCUCCAACCUCUAGCACAGAACCUGAAGUUCAAACUGCAUUGGAAAUGAUGCUCCCAGGAGCCUGGAUGGAGGUGAGGCUGCUGAAUGGCACUGGGAGGUGCUCAGGACGUGUGGAGGUUCUCAUCCAGGGCUUGUGGGGGACUGUGUGUGAUGACUUCUGGGACCUGGCUGAGGCUGCCGUCGUGUGCCGCCAGCUGCAGUGUGGCCAGGCAGUAGCAGCCCCUACAGGAGCCCACUUCGGAGCAGGCUCUAGGAAGAUCCUGCUGGACGACAUGCAGUGUGAAGGCACUGAGAGUCACCUGGGGCAGUGCGUGCACAGCAGCCAGGCUCAGCUCAACUGUGGGCACCUGGAGGAUGCAGGUGUCAUCUGUGCAGGUAAAGGACUGUCAGCAACCGUGCCCACCACAGAACCUGCUAUACUUUCCCCAACGCCCACUCCAGCAGGUGAUGGAUUAUCUGCAACCAUAACCACAAGAGAACCUGUGGCCCUGAAAUCCACAUCCAUGGCCCUGGCAGGGGCCCAGAUGGAGGUGAGGCUCCUGAAUGGCACUGGGAGGUGCUCAGGACGUGUGGAGGUUCUUAUCCAAGGCACAUGGGGGACUGUGUGUGACGACCUCUGGGACCUGGCCGAGGCCACUGUUGUGUGCCGUCAAUUGCAGUGUGGCCAUGCAGUGGCAGCCCCCACAGGAGCCCACUUCGGGGCAGGCUCUGGGAAGAUCCUGUUGGACGACGUACAGUGUGAGGGCAGCGAGAGCCACCUGGGGCUGUGCGCAUACAGGGGCCAGGCCCAAAUCAACUGUGGACACCAGGAGGAUGCCAGUGUCAUUUGCUCAGAAAAGUCUCGGUGUGGUGGCAUUAUUACUAACUCAUCUGGAGCGAUCAGGAAUCCCCCGCAGAAUGAAAUGCAUGACAACAUAACCUGUGUGUGGGAAAUCAAGGCAAACGAAUAUGAUCACAUACUGCUGGCAUUUCCACAUCUUAACCUUGACUGCACCAAUGAAUACUUUGAAAUCCUGGAUGGCCCUCCAUCCUCAGAAAAAUCUCUGGGGAAGACCUGCUCCGGUUUCCGCCUCACUUUUUCAUCCUCCUCCAGUUCAAUGACCCUUGUGUACUUCCGAAGUUUCAGUAGCAUAGGAAAAAACUUCAUUGCUUAUUAUUAUUCGGCACCCAAAGGGGACUGGCCGGAGCUGCAGCUGGUGGGCAGUUCAGGUCGGUGCUCAGGACGCGUAGAAGUCCUCUACCAGGGGUCCUGGGGAACCGUGUGCGACGAUCUUUGGGACCUCAACGAAGCCGAGGUUGUGUGCAGACAGCUCGGAUGUGGACGGGCCAUAUCUGCCCUUGGAAAGGCUCACUUUGGCCCAGGUUCAGGAGACAUCUUCCUUGACAACCUUCAGUGUGCUGGGGUGGAGCGUUACCUAGGCCAGUGCACCCACUCAGGCUGGUUGGAGCACAACUGUGGUCACCAUGAGGAUGCCAGUGUCAUCUGCUCAGGGGACUGGCCAGAGCUGCGACUGGUGGGCGGCUCAGGUCGGUGCUCAGGACGUGUGGAGAUACUCUACAAGGAGGCCUGGGGCACCGUGUGCGAUGACCUGUGGGACCUAAAUGAAGCUGAGGUUGUGUGCAGACAGCUGGGGUGUGGAAAGGCUGUCGCUGGUCUUGGUGAGGCCCACUUCGGCCCAGGCUCAGGACAGAUCUUCCUAGACAACCUUCAGUGCACUGGGCUGGAGCACUUCCUGGGCCAAUGCUCCCACUUAGGCUGGCUGGAGCACAACUGUGGCCACCAUGAGGAUGCCGGUGUCAUCUGCUCAGAUGCAGAAAAUCUCCUUCCACCCACGCCUCCAGGAGAAAGUAACUCUUGUGGAGGGGUCAUUUCUAGUCUCUCUGGCUCAUUUUCUAGUCCACAGUAUCCAGAAAACUACCCAACAGACAUCCAAUGUGUUUGGGAGAUCCACGUGAAUAAAAAAUUUCGCAUAGAACUCAUGAUUCCAAGUUUGAAACUAGAAGACAUCCUUGGAUGUCCCUAUGACUCAGUUGAAAUCUUCGAUGGCCCGAGAAUUGCCUCGCUGUCUAUGGGGAAGUUCUGUGCCCCUUCAGCUGUGAUAUUCUUCUCCUCCUCGGACAUUAUGACAGUGGUGUUUCGAAGUGAUUCUAUGAUAACCAACACUGGCUUUUAUGCUUUGUUCAAUGCUAUUCCACAAGAUAAAACUGAGUCAGAAGAUGGACCAGUGCUAUGGCUGGUGGGUAGCUCUGGAUAGUGCUCAAGAUGUGUGGAGAUCCACCAGGUCUGGGGCACUGUGUGCAACAACCUGUGGGACCUGAAUGAAGCAGAGGUCAUGUGCAGACAGUUGGGGUAUGGACAGGCCAUUGCUGCUCCUGGGAAGGCCCACUUCAGUCCUGGGUCUAGAGACUUCCUCCUAGACAACAUUGGGUGUUCAGGAAGUGAGAAACACCUUGGGAAGUGCCCCAGCUCUGGCAGGUUAAAUUGUGGCCAAAAUUGUGGCCACUUUGGGGAUGCUCCAACCAUAUGUCUCUCACCUGAUUUUACAACAGGAGGUAGCUCUUGUGGAGGAGUAACUUCAGGUCUCUCAGGCUCCUUCUCCAGUCCUUGGUAUCCUACAAACUACCCCACGGAUGUGGAAUGUAUCUGGGUGAUACAUGUGACUGAGAAGUUCCAGAUAGAACUGAUGAUCCCAAGCCUCAAGUAA